AUGAGUAUCCAAGAGGAAACACAAUAUGAAAAUAGGAAGAACAAGGGAAAAUCCUCUCAAGUACCAUCCGUUAAGGCUCACUGGGAUGCAAAAUCAAAUGAAAUUUUCAUUAAGCUUUAUGUUGAGCAAGCGAAGGCUGUACACAGAUCUGGGACACACUUAGAUAAGGUCGGGUGGGAAAAUGUGAUAACCAAGUUUAAAACUAUGACUGGAAAAGCAUACCAACGAAUACAAACGAAAAAUCAUUGGGAUGUUUUGAAAAAAGAUUGGCUUUUAUGGAAUAAUCUUUUAAGGGGUGAGACAAGCAUAGGCCGUGAUACAUUGAUUGGAGGUAUCUCUGCAUUUGAUGAGUGGUAUCCUGAUGCGACUAAAUUUUGGCUUAUGCCGUUGCAAUUCUCUAAAGACCUAGACAUACUAUUCUCAAAUGCAGUUGCUAUAGGAGAAUGGGCAUACACCCCUAGCUCAGGGGUCAUGCCUAACGCUAAUGAGGCUGGGGAGGAAUUUCAUACCCCACAUGAUGCUAAAUUUGAUGAUGAUGUUGAUUUGGAGGUGGUUCAUCAUUCUGAUUUAAACAAAAAAACGUCCAUCAAACACUGA